UCACACUCACACAUUCACACUCACACAUUCACACUCACACAUUCACACUCACAUCCAUUGAGAACCCCACGAUGGUAGCAUGGUACGAUACAGUCUGGUAUACUACAUGCAUAUAGUAAACCCCCAACAGAGCUUUUAACCUCUACCCGGCAAUAUGAAUAAUCUUUACCAAUCCUCAUGGAAGUCAUUGCAAGCAGGUGUAUCGUCAUGGGCCUGCGCAUCAUGUCGCCGAGCCCUAACUCGAGCGCGGCCCUCGCCACCACUGCGUAAGUCCAUGUCCAGCAGCACUGCGAAGAAGCAGUCGCAAAGCACCACCACCACCACUGCCUCCCACGCUGCCUCGAUGGACCGUGUGCGAGAGUUUUACAAGCUGAAGAACCGAACAACCAUGUACUACACGCUCAGCGUCAUCCUCGGCACUGUCGCAUUCUCUUAUGGCUCCGUGCCCAUGUAUAAGAUGAUCUGCCAAACGACAGGCUGGGGCGGCCAGCCCAUACGUGCACCGGGCCACGGCCCCUCCUCGAGCGACGCCGACUUCGACCCGGCGUCGCGCCUCGUUCCCGUGACGGACGCGCGGCGCAUCCGCGUGACGUUCAACGCCUCGGUGUCGGACGUGCUGCCGUGGAAGUUCGUGCCGCAGCAGCGCGAGGUGCGCGUGCUUCCCGGUGAGACGGCGCUUGCGUUCUACACGGCGACGAACCGCAGCGACAGCGACAUCAUCGGCGUCGCCACCUACAGCGUCACCCCCGCCCAGGUCGCCCCCUACUUCAGCAAGAUCCAGUGCUUCUGCUUCGAGGAGCAGCGCCUCAACGCCGGCGAGACCGUCGACAUGCCCGUCUUCUUCUACCUCGACCCCGACAUGCUGAAUGACCUCAACAUGCGCGGGAUCAAUGAGGUCACGUUGAGUUAUACGUUUUUUAAGGCCAAGUAUGAUAAUAACGGGAACUUCAAGUCGUUCCCGGCACCUUGAAAUUCAUCUAGCAUAGCAUUGGAGUCAAAGUAGGUUAGAGGUGUUACCAUGGCUCCUUUAUGUUUGGUCCUAUAAAAGGGGUUUGCUUGAUCGGGAAACAUCUUGGAUUAUUCUUCCAUCGGCCUCUAAAACUUGACAUCGCAUCGCAUUGUAGUAGGAAUUGCACAUGUAAAGGCGUUUCUUUCUUCAUACGCGGAGGAAGUGGUUUUGGUCAUAUGCAAAGUCACUUUUACUUUUGUCUUGGACGGAACAUGUAAAACGUAGCAUUUCAAGGUCGCUCUCCCUUUCGAGGUCGAGUUGGUAGCAAAAUACAUACGAGGAAGCCUAAUAGACUUCAACUUUAUAAAAUAGCUCUAGAAUAUGUACCUAGGCGUUGCUAUGGUUGGCUCAUUUGGAGACCUUUGAGAUGAAGCGAAGAUGGAAGUUGGUUCUCAUAGUUGACGAUAGCUUCAUCUUAGUUCUUAUAUAGCUCAUAGCUCCG